CCUCUCGAUCCAUUCACACUCCACACAAAUCAAAUGAGUCUAUCCGGCACCGAGUUGCUUCUUCUCUCCGUCGCAACAGCUUCUUCCGCUGCUGUCGCCGCUGCUCGCGUCACAGGAUCUAUCUCUGUCAUCCCUUGCGUUGCACGGACUCCCUCCGGCGCCGCUCUCGUCGUGUCUGCAGCGAUUCGUGAAACUCAUCUCAACUCAGUGGAAACUCGGUGGUUAUUGUUGAAUGGCGAAGCUUGAAGCGAAGCUCGGAAUGAUAGUUGACUCCGUUGGUAACUUCUUCUCCAACAAAGACCAGCUUCUCCACUAACCGAAUCAAAUCGAAUCAAACACUUUAUAUAUAGGGUUGCAUAGAUCUUCAAUCUUUUGAUCUAUUCGCACUCCACUAACCAGGAUGGUGCUGCUGUGACAGGGGCAUCAUUGAUUGCAGUGAAUGUCACUGGAAAUGCUAUUUAUGAUCCCAUAAGCUCAAUCGUAGUUGGCAACUUACUUGGCAUGGUAAAGAGGCUCAGAUCCUUGUCGCCCUGGUGUCAAAGAAGAGUGGAACUAUGCACUAAAGCUGGUGUCAAGGUACGCAUGGUUACCGGAGACAACCUUCAAACAGCAAGGGCAAUAGCUUUGGAGUGUGGGAUACUUACUCCUAAUGACAAGCUUUUGCUUAUGCAAGCUCUACGUAAAGGAGGUAAAGUUGUUGCCGUCACAGGAGAUGGAACCAAUGAUGCCCCUGCACUUCACGAGGUUUGAUGUAAAGGGCUAUGUGACUGGGGUUUGGGAAUCUUGACUGGAAGAGGACACAUGAGGAGGCAGAAGCUUUGGGAAGGUGUCUAGGUAUGCAGUGCAACUUCUGUUUUGCUAAAACACAUGUAUAUCGUUUUAAAAAGAUUGGGCUCAUGCAUUUAUUUUAAUUCUUCUUCACAAUCUUGUAAAUCUGAAGCUAGUAGAUCUUAAUUAUUCAUCGCACCUAGUCGAGCUCCCAGAUUUCUCCAAGGCCCCAAAUCUUGAAGAAGUAAAUGUUUCCAACUGCAAGAGUCUGCAGUAAGUUCCCUAAUCUAUUUUAUCUUCUCAAAGGCUGGGUUAUCUCUUUCUAAAUGAUUGUAAUGAACUAAGAAGUUUCCAACACAACAUUCAUCAUCAAUCUCUUAAGACACUCUCCUUCUAUAGCUGUAUUGGUCUCAGAGAGUUCUCAUUGACACAGCUUAACCACAGCAAAGACAAAUUGGUGUUAUCAGCUCCGCUUGAACGGCUGAAACUGGAUUACUGUUCCAACCUUUCUCUGCUGCCAGACAAUAUAAGCAUGCUUUCAUCAUUGAAGGACUUAUCAAUGUGUCACAGCAGUGUGAGAAGCUUGCCCGAAAGCAUUAAGCAUCUGUCAUGGCUGAAAUACCUCAACUUGAGUAAUUGCGAGAGGCUUCAAUCUAUACCAGAGCUUCCAUCGUCCAUUUUGGGGUUAAUUGCUUUUAACUGAAACACAGCAGCUCCUAUUUUAGUUGAAUCACUUCAUAACCUUGUUCCUAGCAAGUGAUUCUCUUUUUCUUUUCAAAAUAAAAUACUUUUUUGUGAUGACUGAACUUUUGGAAAACAGGUCCGAUAUUGUCCGAACACUCCUCUAGUUCUCAAGGGCAUUACCUUAAGCAUUUAUGGAGGAGAAAAGAUUGGUGUUGUAGGCCAAACUGGAAGUGGAAAAUCAACUCUGAUUCAAGUUUUCUUCAGGCUUGUUGAACCUUCAGGAGGCAAAAUAAUUAUUGCUUCAUGAUCUUAGAUCUCGCUUUGGUAUCAUUCCUCAGGAGCCUGUCCUUUUCAAAGGAACUAUCAGAAGUAAUAUUGAUCCAACUGGACAGUACAUAGAUAAAGAUAUAUGGAAGGUAAAACACACACGGACACACCUUUAUUUCUGGUUUGGUUCUAUCCUUAUGUGGCCUAAAAUUCAUGUUAAACUAAGUUUCUAUAUUGUUGUAGAGUUUGGAAAGGUGUCAACUAAAAGAGGCAGUGUCUGCUAAGCCUGAAAAGUUUGACUCUUUAAGUACAUUUUUUUUUUGUGAAAACCAUUUUGCUUGAACUGCUUGAAAUUCAUCAUUUUACAUUUGUACUAAUGGGAAUAAUGCUCUUGUUCUUAACCUAUCAGUGGUAGAUAAUGGAGAGAAUUGGAGUGUGGGGCAGAGGCAGUUGCUUUGUUUGGGGUGGGUUAUGCUUAAGCAAAGCUGGCUCAUGUUUAUGGACGAAGCAUUCAAGUUGAGCACUUCAAGAAGUGCAUAAUAAUAAUCAAGAUGGGAAGCAUUCAAGUUGUUCAAAUCCAGCCUUUGUGUUCACUGCUAUGUUCAAAUCCAAUUCCCAUUCUUUGAAGAAGGGUAAUUCCUCUUGGAUCGUGAAUGUUGCAGAGUAUGAUAGUGCAUUACUUCUACUUCAACAACUGACACAUAAUUUGAUAAUACUUUUAACUUUAUUGUUCCAAUUCAUGUGAGUAAGUUAGUUUUAUAAAGUAAUUAGAUUAAUUUGAUGAAUGAAGUUGUAUGAGAGUGGAAUGAUGUAAAUGAUAUUCAUUAUAUGAUGUAAAUGAUAUUCAUUACUUCUGCUUCAACUUCUUUUAAUUAUAUGACGUAAAUGAAUUA